GAUACCAGCCCAUAGAUACAAAAGAUUUAGCAACAAUGAGCAGCUCAUCAUCUGAUUCCGAAGAUGAAAAUCUGGAUUUAUUGCGGGAGGCAGUCGACACAAGCUUCAUCAGCGAUGGCAUGUUUGCAAAGGGUAAAUCAUCGACAGAAGAUUUAAAAGACAUCACAUCACCACCAAAAUGCGAGCUAAUUAAACCAAAUAAAACCUCCGUCACAACACUGAAAUCACAAAGGUACAUCGAACACGACGAGAGCGAAUCCGAUUUAAAUGUGCCGAAAUCCAUGCAAGAUUUUGUUUACAAGAAAAUGUCAAAGAAAAUUAACGAUUCCAUUGAAUUCGUUGAGGUAUCUACAAAGAAGAGUAAAAAGAGAAAGUCUGCCCAAGAUGAAAUUGGCUGUGUUCGUUUGCUGAGUGAUACCGAUCCGAUUACAGCAAUUGACUUUCAACCCGAAAUAAAUGACAAGCCAGUUGAGGGUAAGAAGCUUGAAGUAAAGCGGCGAAUAGUUGAGCCUGAUGUGUACAACGAUGAAGAGAAAGUGAAAAUGGUCUCUAUCGAUGGCGAGAGUAUAUUACAGCAGACGGAAACGAAAAGCUGGAAACCAAAAAAAGUCAAGCCAAAUAAAUUGUUCAAAUAUCGCGAGAAAAAUGCCGUAUUGUAUGCUAUCGAACCAAAAAAUGAAUUUACCGCUCUUCGCAAGAAGAAUAACUGGUGUGAGAGCAAAAUUGCGAAAUUUCCAUGGAAAAAUCAUGCAAAAAAAUUGUAAUUAUUUUCAAUGUGGCUUUAUUCAGAAAUGAAAAAAAUAAAUCUAUUUUAUAAGUCAA